AUAUGUCCUGAGGAAAUAUGCAGCAUAUCAUGGUGGGACCUGGUCUGUUUGUCAUUGUGUGUGUGUUUCAAAUCAAAUUUGACUUCAAAUCAAAUCAAAUUUAUUCGUCACAUACACAUGGUUAGCAGAUGUUAAUGUGAGUGUAGCGAAAUGCUUGUGCUUCUAGUUCCGACAAUGCAGUAAUAACCAACAAGUAAUCUAACUAACAAUUCCAAAACUACUGCCUUAUACACACAAGUGUAGGGGGAUAAAGAAUAUGUACAUAAAGAUAUAUGAAUGAGUGAUGGUACAGAGCGGCAUAGGCAAGAUGUAGUAGAUGGUAUAGAGUACAGUAUAUACAUAUGAGAUGAGUAAUGUAGGGUAUGUUAACAUUAUAUAAAGUGGCUAGUGAUACAUUUUUACAUACAUUUUUCCAUUAUUAAAGUGGCUGGAGUUGAGUCAGUGUGUUGGCAGCAGCCACUCAAUGUUAGUGGUGGCUGUUUAACAGUCUGAUGGCCUUGAGAUAGAAGCUGUUUUCAGGGUCUCGGUCCCAGCUUUGAUGCACCUGUACUGACCUCGCCUUCUGGAUGAUAACGGGGUGAACAGGCAGUGGCUCGGGUGGUUGUUGUCCUUGAUGAUCUUUAUGGCCUUCCUGUGACAUCGGGUGGUGUAGGUGUCCUGGAGGGCAGGUAGUUUGCCCCCAGUGAUGCGUUGUGCAGACCGCACCGAGGACCGAGGAUCAGCGGGGUGGAGAUGUUGUUACCUACCCUCACCACCUGGGGGCGGCCCGUCAGAAAGUUCAGGACCCAGUUGCACAGGGCGGGGUCGAGACCCAGGGUCUUGAGCUUGAUGACGAGUUUGGAGGGUACUAUGGUGUUAAAUGCUGAGCUGUAGUCGAUGAACAGCAUUCUUACAUAUGUAUUCCUCUUGUCCAGAUGGGUUAGGGCAGUGUGCAGUGUGGUUGCGAUUGCGUCGUCUGUGGACCUAUUGGGGUGGUUUGUGUGGCUGUGUGUCUAUGUGUGUGUGUGUGUUCUGUUAUAUAGCCUGCACAGUGUUUACCAAGAUAACAGAGGAAGAGUAAUCCUACUCAGGUGGUGGCUGGGACACAGAGUUUACCAAGAUAACAGAGGAAGAGUAAUACUACUCAGGUGGUGGCCGGGACACAGAGUUUACCAAGAUAACAGAGGAAGAGUAAUACUACUCAGGUGGUGGCCGGGACACAGAGUUUACCAAGAUAACAGAGGAAGAGUAAUCCUACUCAGGUGGUGGCUGGGACACAGAGUUUACCAAGAUAACAGAGGAAGAGUAAUCCUACUCAGGUGGUGGCUGGGACACAGAGUUUACCAAGAUAACAGAGGAAGAGUAAUACUACUCAGGUGGUGGCCGGGACACAGAGUUUACCAAGAUAACAGAGGAAGAGUAAUACUACUCAGGUGGUGGCUGGGACACAGAGUUUACCAAGAUAACAGAGGAAGAGUAAUACUACUCAGGUGGUGGCUGGGACACAGAGUUUACCAAGAUAACAGAGGAAGAGUAAUACUACUCAGGUGGUGGCUGAGACACAGAGUUUACCAAGAUAACAGAGGAAGAGUAAUACUACUCAGGCGGUGGCCGGGACACAGAGUUUACCAAGAUAACAGAGGAAGAGUAAUACUACUCAGGUGGUGGCUGGGACACAGAGUUUACCAAGAUAACAGAGGAAGAGUAAUCCUACUCAGGUGGUGGCCGGGACACAGAGUUUACCAAGAUAACAGAGGAAGAGUAAUACUACUCAGGUGGUGGCCGGGACACAGAGUUUACCAAGAUAACAGAGGAAGAGUAAUACUACUCAGGUGGUGGCUGGGACACAGAGUUUACCAAGAUAACAGAGGAAGAGUAAUACUACUCAGGUGGUGGCUGGGACACAGAGUUUACCAAGAUAACAGAGGAAGAGUAAUCCUACUCAGGUGGUGGCUGGGACACAGAGUUUACCAAGAUAACAGAGGAAGAGUAAUACUACUCAGGUGGUGGCCGGGACACAGAGUUUACCAAGAUAACAGAGGAAGAGUAAUCCUACUCAGGUGGUGGCUGGGACACAGAGUUUACCAAGAUAACAGAGGAAGAGUAAUACUACUCAGGUGGUGGCCGGGACACAGAGUUUGUUGUGGCCUCACUGGAAUGUUGUGUCUUUACCAGCCAGGUGGGUUCUGUGAAUAGAUUUAUUUGCUCUACUUCCUACUUCCUGCUUCAGGUGGACAGGAUUG